AUGGCGAAUCCGUUAUGCAAUACUAUGUCCCUUACCUAUCCGCCAUUCAAAUCUCCAGACAUUUCCAGGAACCACAGUGAGGUGUUUGAUGUUGAGAGUGAAUGUUGGAGUGAUGAUAGUGAGAUUGAGAAGUUGUCAAGGUCAGUGAGCAGUGGUUCUAGCAAAAUAUGGGGCUCUGUAUCCGAUGACUCCGCUUACGAAAUGGAUGGCAUUUCUUCGCUGAUGCGAGACAGGCUUGGUUACACUGAUUUUCAGUACUAUGAAUCAGCUAAACCGCACUUGCGGGUUCCUAUUACCUCCAUGGUAAAUGAAUUGGCUGAGAAGUAUUCAGGACUGAUGACUUUAAGGAGUGUUGAUUUGUCUCCGGCAAGUUGGAUGGCCAUUGCUUGGUAUCCGAUAUACCAUAUUCCAUUUAGAAAGACCGAGAAAGACUUGAUGACGUGUUUCUUAAGUUGUCAUACUCUAUCUUGGGCUCUCCAAGAGGGAAACAAUGAGAAUAAAGAAACAUUGUGGUGUGAUGAUGAACCAGUGAUCAAGAGACUUCCUUUUGCUCCUUUUCGUUUAGUUACUAACAAAUUGCAAGCAGAUUAG